AUGGCUGCCUUGCCCCCGGCAUCAGAGGACAUCGCCGGCAGCGCGGCUGCUGCCAGCCAGGGCCACUGCGCUCACCAGGCCUCCUCCGGCACGACAGCGCCAGAAUCGGCCCCUCGCCGCGUAGUUCUCCACUGCAAUGGCAGGUGGCCCCCGUGCAAGUCCAACGGCCGGCCGCGUCUCCAAGCCCCCUCCCCGCUGACUGCGCCUCUCGCCCCCGCAGACCCAGCCCUGCGCCUGGCUGGCGGGCGCGGCCGCUGCGAGGGCCGGCUGGAGGUGCAGCACCAGGGCGCCUGGGGCACGGUGUGCGACGACCACUGGAGCAUCAGGAACGCGCGCGUCGUGUGCCGCCUGCUGCGCUGCGGCCGCGCGCUGGCCGCCCCGGGCCGCGCCCGCUUCGGCCCGGGCACUGGGCCCAUUCUGCUGGACGACGUGCGCUGCGCGGGCACCGAGGACGCGCUGGGGCGCUGCGCACACGCAGGCUGGGCGAGGCACAACUGCCGGCACGACGAGGACGCGGGCGUGGUGUGCGCAGCAGGUGCGGCUGACUCUGUCGUGCCCGAGGACAAUGCUCGGCUCUCCUGCUUCCCUCACCUCUUCCAAGCUGUCAUUGACCGAGGCUACCUCCGGAGGCUGGGCUACUCCUCCUGGGACAUGCGCGUGAAUGAUGAGCUGUGCCGCCCCCGAGUCACCGGGCACUACCUGAUCUUCAGCAUUCCCUAUGGCCGCUGUGGCACCGUCCGCCAGGAACACCGCGGCUCCCUCAGCUACUCCAACUCCAUCAGGGGCCGGAAACAUGGCCACCCUGGCCGAGUCAUCGUGCGGCACAAGGUCCCCCAGCUGAAGUUCACCUGCAGGGUGGACAUUUCGUCUGCAGAUGGAAUCACUCACGGGGCAGACACCCCCCUGGGCAGUGCCCACUACGAUGUGUCCAUAUCCUUCCUCCAGUCACCGGCAUCCCAGCCUGGGCGGGGCUUGGCACCGCACUACGCCAGCCAGAGGGAGGAGGUCUUCCUGCAGGCCACCCUCCACAGCCAGGACCCCAGCCUGAGACUCUUCGUGGAUACCUGUGUGGCUUCUCCUGAUCCCCAUGAUUUUGAAACCGUCAAGUACGAUUUGAUCCGACAGGGGUGCGUCAGAGACAAUACCUACAGCAGCCUUCCCUCCCGCCAGAAGAACGUGGCCCAGUUCAAGUUCAAUGCCUUCAGUUUUCUCGACAGCUAUGAUGUGGUCUAUCUACAGUGUAAGGUUGCCGUGUGUCGAGUGGGGGACCCCGCCUCUCGUUGCUCCCGGGGCUGUGUGGGGCGGAGCAGGAGAGAAGCUGGCUCCGCGGGGCUCAAGGAAGCACAGACUGAGCGGUUCCAGCAGGUGGGGCCGCUGGAGAUCCCCAAAGCAGCUGGUCCGAGGAAGCCCCGUGUUUGAAUUCUCCAGUUUUCCCAAGAAUCUCUUAGAAAUUAAGAAGCAAAGUCUAUUUCCCUACCUACUGUAAUGUCACAUUUCAUGAAGCAGAAGCUACCCGUGUGGAGACCGGUGCGAGAACCGCUGGCGAGGAUUGCUUGUCUGACUUUUACUAAAUAAAG